AUGUUGCUCAUGACCAGGCUGUCGCGUUCCGCCUCCAUCUUCGCGGACUCCGUCACACCCACAGAGGCCGUCCUAGUCCUGCCCACCAUGCCCAUUGGGCCGCUGAUGCCAACACCGUGCGCAUCGAUGGUAUCCGAACAACGUGCCAACCCGUUGAUGUCAUUGGUCACGCCGUGCGAGGUCAGGAUGUCCACGUUGUCCUUGCCAUUGAUGUCGGCCUGGCCCGUUCCAGUCUUCGGCUCCCCCCCAUCAUCGGGCGAGCCGCGCAUGAAGAAACGCUACACCACGCCACCCAUCGCCGGCGGCCUGGGGGCACGCCAGGUCCGCGCAGCCGCCGCCCUCGCGCAGCGGCGCAACGAGCCACAGCGCGGCAGCAGCCCGGAGCGGUUCAAGCUGAAGCAGCAGCGCCAGGAGGAGGAGGAGAAGGCGAAGAGAAGGCAGGAGGAGAUGCAGGCCGCGGCCAAGAUCCUCGCCCAGAAGUGGGCGGCGGAGGACUCCAAGAAGAAGUCGAAGAAGAGGAGCAGGAGCAGAAGCCGGCGCCGGAGGCGUGGGGACGAGGACGCCCGAGAGGACGGCGGCGGCCGCGAGGAAGGCAGAGGAGAUGGCGGCGCUAGAAGAGAGGCGAGCGAGGAGGAGCGAGAGGGGGGCUGGGUCCAGAUGCCCAGGAAGGAGGAGCCCAAGCUGGAGCCCGCGCGCUCGAGCCCCUCGCGGACCUUCCGCGAGCAGGGCCCGCCCCGCGCCGUGGGUUCCAGAGGGGGCGGCUGGGCCAGCAUAGACGAGCCGGAGCGCGAGGCGCCGCGGCCCAUCACCGGCGGCGCCGCCGGGCUGGCCGGCGGCGCGCCUCUGGCGCAGCGGGGCGCCGCGGGCCCCGCGGGCUCCGCGGCGCGGAAGGAACGCCUGGCCAGAGUCUUCGCCUUCGGCGACGAGGAGGACGACGAAGAGGCACGGCGCCGAGAGGUGGAGCUGGCGGAGAAGAGCAAGAAAUCGAAGCUCAGCGUGGAGGCGCAGUCGAGGCCAUUGUCAUCGUCCGCGGCGAUGUCAGGCAUCCGGACGCCGCUGCCCGACGCCGGCGGCGGCGCGGUCGACAUGUGCAGCCAGCUGAUGAAGAUGGCGGAGUGGAAGCGAAAGUGCGGCGGCAAGCGGGUCCCGAUGCCAGAGGAUAUGAAGGCGAGCGUCGCCAGGGCCAUGGGGGGCGCCCCCCUGUAG